AUCGAAUCCAUUUCCUUCCUUGAACUCGAGGUUUGCUCGUUGAUUGUUUCCUUCGAAAACCCUAACUUUCUUACCUUGAUUGAUUCUAAGCUUUUCGCCUGAUUCGCGAAAGAGUACCAACUUAAGUUUCUCGGGACUUUGAGUGAAGUUUUAUUGGAAGCUAGGGUUCUUUUGAGGUUUUGUUUUCUCGAUUUUGAGGAAAAAUGAGUGCGAUCAAUAUCACAAACGUCAGCGUAUUGGAUAAUCCAGCGCCAUUUGUGAGCCCUUUUCAGUUCGAGAUUUCCUACGAGUGCUUGACUUCUCUCCAAGACGAUUUGGAAUGGAAACUUGUCUACGUAGGCUCCGCGGAAGAUGAGACUUAUGAUCAAACUCUAGAGAGUGUGCUUGUGGGGCCUGUUAACGUUGGCAACUACCGCUUUGUCUUGCAGGCUGAUCCUCCAGAUCCAUCAAAGAUCCGGGAGGAAGACAUCAUCGGUGUCACUGUGCUACUGUUGACAUGUUCGUACAUGGGUCAAGAAUUCUUGAGAGUUGGAUAUUACGUGAACAAUGACUAUGAAGAUGAGCAGCUCAGGGAAGAGCCUCCAGCUAAGGUUUUGCUCGAUAAAGUCCAGAGGAACAUACUCUCUGACAAACCUAGAGUCACUAAAUUCCCUAUCAAUUUUCAUCCUGAAGACGAGCAGACUCCUGCUGCUGCAGAUCCUCCUCCUCUUACUGAACAAUAUGAUGAACAACAACCUGAUGACAAGGGUGGUGAAGCUCAAGUUUUGCCUGAUCAGCUACCAAAACCUCAUGAAUCAUGAUUCUUCCUUAAGCCAAGGUCUAGUUGAAAAAAACUGGAUGAGAACUAUCAUCUCCCUGUCUCCCAAGAUCUUUUCAUUUUGUUAAAUCUAUCUGGAAGUUUUGUCUUGUUCGUAGAUGGUUUUAGGGAAGUGGUUCCUGACAUGUUUGAAUGUUUUUGGGCAAAGAUUUAAUUACAAAUCAAG